CGAAUUUAUCACAUGUAUCACCUUUCGUCUAGAAACUAUUGUGAGAAAAGGGGAAAAAAUUCUUUUGAAUAGAAAAUUUUAUUAAUGUGCUUAAAAAAUAAUUAAGAAGAAAAUUAUUUGAAAUUAAAACAAAAAAAAAAUUAUACAAAAUUUCAUUCAAAGUGAACCCGUUCUUUCCUUUUCUUAUUCCUUAAUUUUAAAAUGAAUUCAAUGAUAUUCAGAUACACAAAAAAUAUAAUGUGAAUGGAAUUUAAAAGAAUAAAAUGAGUUUGGAAUAAAUUUUUACAUAGAAAUCUCAUUCCAUGUGGUAUAAAACGGAACCAAUUUUAUCCAACAACGCAUAUCAAAUUAAUUGAAGAGGAAAUACAACAAGAAAGAAAUAGAAACAAAAGAAAAAAUUAAAAUCAAUAUCAAAUACUAAGGACAAUUUUUUUUUUAGAAAGGACUUUAUUAUACAUAGAGUUAAAAUAAAAAUUUAACAAAUAAAAAAUAUAAAAGAAAAAAUAAAAAAUUAAAAAUGGCUGAAGAAGAAUCGUUGACGAGAGGUAAUAUUAACGAUAGCAAUAAGGAUGACAAACAAAAUGGAAAUAAAAAUGAUGGGGCACCGGCCGCUGGCCAACAUCAAGAAGUUGAAUUAAAAGCAAAAAUGAGUCUUGUUAAUGGUGUCACUGUAAUAGUUGGUUCAAUUAUUGGCUCUGGUAUUUUUGUAUCACCAACAGGUGUUCUUAUGCACACAGGAAGUGUUAAUUUAUCUUUAGUUGUUUGGGUCAUAUCAGGACUAUUUUCAAUGGUAGGAGCUUAUUGUUAUGCUGAAUUAGGAUGUAUGAUAAAAAAAUCUGGAGCUGAUUAUGCAUAUAUUAUGGAAACAUUUGGACCAUUUUUAGCAUUUGUGCGUCUUUGGAUUGAAUGUAUGAUUGUAAGACCGUGUUCUCAAGCUAUUGUUGCUUUAACAUUCAGUGUAUACGUUUUAAAACCAUUUUUCCCUGAAUGUCAGCCACCAGAUGAUUCAGCAAGAUUAUUAGCUGUAUGUUGUAUAUGUGUUUUAACAUUUGUAAAUUGUUGGGACGUGAAAUGGGCAACUAGAGUUCAAGAUGUUUUUACAUAUGCCAAAUUAUUAGCAUUAUUUAUUAUAAUUGGAACUGGAUUGUACGAACUUGCAAGAGGAAAAACACAAUAUUUCACUUUUGAAAAUUCUAAUGCUGAAGUGACUUCUUUGGCGUUAUCAUUCUAUUCAGGAUUAUUUGCUUACAAUGGAUGGAAUUAUCUGAAUUUCAUUAUUGAGGAAUUAAAAGAUCCAGUAAAGAAUUUACCACGCGCUAUUGCUAUAUCAUGUACCUUAGUAACAGUUGUAUAUGUUUGUGCAAAUGUUGCUUUCUUUUCAGUUCUAUCACCUGAAGAAGUUUUAGGUUCUGAAGCUGUGGCUGUAACUUAUGCUGAAAGAGUAUUUGGUAUAUUUGCAUGGACUAUUCCAGUUUUUGUUGCAUUAUCAACUUUUGGAGCUGUAAAUGGUAUUUUAUUAACGUCAUCACGUUUAUUCUAUGCCGGAGCUUGUGAAGGACAAAUGCCAGAAAUAUUAACAAUGAUUCAAAUACAGAGACUUACACCAACUCCAGCCGUAUUAAUAAUGGCACUAUUAUCAAUGUUAUAUUUAACAUCUUCCGAUAUAUUUGCUUUAAUUAAUUAUGUUGGAUUCGCCACAUGGUUAAGUAUUGGCGUUUCUGUAUUAUGUCUUCCAUGGUUAAGAUGGGCUCAACCUAAUUUAAAUAGGCCAAUUCGUGUUAAUUUAAUAUGGCCAGUAAUUUACUUAUUAGCAACAAUAUUUGUAACAGUUGUACCAAUGUAUGCAAGUCCAGUUGAAACUGGUUAUGGUGUUUUAAUGAUUUUAUCAAGUGUUCCUGUUUAUUUCUUAUUUAUUGCAUGGAAAAAUAAACCAAAAUGGUUCCAAAAUACAAUGGUAAGCUUUACGAGAUUUCUUCAAAAAAUGUUAAUGGUCCUAGGAAAAACAAAACCGGCUCAAGUUUAAUUAAAAAAUAAACAAAUGAAAAAUGCAAUGAGAAAAAUUUGAAGAACAUUAAAGAGAAAAAUAAACGAAAAACCAAAAGAAUAAUGAGUGGAAGAAUUAUUAAAAAAAUAUUUUAACGAAUAAAUAUUUUAAUUUAUUUAUUAAAUUAUUUAAUAAAUAAUUUAUAAAAAUAUUGUACGAAAAUCAUGAAAACAUAAACAUUACAAGUAUAUAAAAAAACAUUGUGGCUGUUAAAAUUUGAUAAUAAUUCUUAAAAAAAAAAAAAAACAAACAAAAUAAAAAAAAAAUUGAAACCAUUUUGGUUCAAUAAAAAUUUUAAGCACGCAUAAACAAGGAAA